AAAUAUUAGGAGAGGUCCUGCAUUAAUAAUACUUUCCUCCUCCCCACCUCCAAUCUUUAUGUUAAUAUAUUCUUUUCUCUUCUCGUUUAAUUCUCGGUUUUUAUCUCGAGCUGGUUGUGAUGUAUGGGCCUUUAUCGGUGUUUCUUUUCCGAACCAUUUCCUCGGCUCCCUCUCAAUCUUCUUUUUCACCUAAUGUCUCCUCCACUUUUCACCGCGAUUCGCACAGGAGUACCAUCCUCCAACGCCACGGCCUCGUAUUUCAACAACAGCCGAGGUAUUUGUUGUGCAGGGGCACAUAAUGCCUUCCCUCUUACAUAUCUUCCUUCCCCUAAACAGAGGGUGAGGCGGUUACUAAUGCAUCCGUCCCAGCCAGUCCCAUCUCAAUAA